AGGUCUUGUGUGUCUAUUUUGUUAUACUUUGUUAGCAGUUUGGCUUCCUUGAUCUGCAGGUUUUUUGACAAUUUUCUACUGCCACCUUAUAAUCUCUGCAUUAAAAUAACUGAGUUAAAUUUAAGGAACUCUAAGCUGGAAUACUAAGGCAUGAUGAAUAGCUUUCUACCAGAUUGUGGAGUGCUUAGUUCUCCUUCAGCUUUGAAAAACAAUCUAAAUGUGAAUGGUAUAGCUGACCAGCCAGUGUCAGCUGCCAAGCUUGGCUCAGGUUCUGGUGUGAGCUUUUAUUGUGCUCCAAAGAAGUUCCUCAAUAGCCCGACUGCACACUCUGCUUCUUCUUCACCUGUAGCCACCAGAGCCAAACCCCGCCGCCGUGCAGCUGGUUCCAUCAACCGUGGAGUGGGACAUGGCAUCAAGAAGCCAAAUUUAAAAGCUAAAAAUAAACUGAAGAAACAAGCCAAGAUUGCAGUACGGCGCCUGAAGCAAGUGAAGCCGCCACCUCGCCUUGCAGAGCACAGGAGCCCUUCAUCUUGUUUUAGCAGCCAAAACAAGAAACGGCAUUAUCUUUCAUCUCCAGGCAAAUCACUUCUGGAUAGUUCAGAAUGUGAGGAGGCUAGCAAGUCACGGGACGGCAAGAAAUUUUUCACCAGUCGCGCUCGUGCGGCGGCAACGGUUCAGAUCACAAAAAAUGUUCAAUUGUCAGCAAACUACGGCAACAUCAGCCUUAAGCAAAGAGUAACUGCUACGGGACUUAAGAAAAACAUAGGCCAUGCCGUCACUGAAAAACCUGAAAGAGUCAGUUCUCUAGCGCAAAUCAAUGUUCCAUUAACAAGCAACGUGGAGAGCAACAAACCUAAACCCACGAGAUUCGUAGUGAGUUCUCCCGCCCGAAAUUCGCCUCGGUCUGGCAAGGAAAACAACGUCAUUAAAGCAAGUCUCUCAUCGUCGCCGCGAAGCCGUAAGUCGGCUGCCUCUGAGAUGCCCGUUGCCCGCUCGCUCUACCGCGCCUCACCUGGCAAACGUCCUCGUUCUCCUGAAAAAGAGGAAAUUGCAUUGCGGUCAUCUCCGAGACAUCAAGUGCAAUCACCAAAUAAACAAGACCAGCAAACUCCUACUAAAGUGUCCCGUAACACAUCUUUGCGUACUGUUGUUCUGAACAAACUUACUCCUACAAAGUUUUCACCCUCUCGCUCCUCACCACGUCGUUCAUCUAACAAUUCAUCUCCUAUCACAAAGUCAUCUUAUCACGGCAGUCAGGAAGAUCCGUUGCUGGAUCUGACUUCUCCCCCGAACUCGCCUCUCGGGGUCCGAAAUUCGCCUUUUCGCAAGACUCUCUUGGACAGCUCAGAAAAGUUGGGUUCUCCCUUGCGCCUUUCGUCAGCGUCGCCGGUGCGCGUCGACCCAUCGUCUCCUCGCCUAGUGCUCACCAGAGACUCUCCUCUGCGCGCUAAAAACGACGUCCGCUCCUCGUCUCAAGAGUCUGUGGACGGAGCGUCGCCGGUGCGCGUCGACCCAUCGUCCCCUCGCCUAGUGCUCACCAGAGACUCUCCUCUGCGCGAUAAAAACGACGUCCGCUCCUCGUCUCAAGAGUCUGUGGACGGAGCGUCGCCGGUGCGCGUCGACCCAUCGUCCCCUCGCCUAGUGCUCACCAGAGACUCUCCUCUGCGCGCUAAAAACGUCAGUUCCUCGUCUCAAGAGUCUGUGGACGGCCGCACUCCGACGCACAAAGAUGCUAUCAAGUAUUUCCCUGUGUUCGAUCCUGAGCGUCGGCGAUCUCACACCAAAGACGAUCAGAAGUCCUUGAGCGGCCGCAGUACUGGCAUUCGAGGAGCACGCGGCGACAGCAGGCAGCUCAUACUGGACGCCGGGCAGAAGAGGUUUGGGGCGGAGCAGUGCAAGGAAUGUGGCCUCGUCUACGAGCAUGCCGACCCCGACGACGAGGCUCUGCAUCACUCGUACCACAACAGAGUCACCAAGGCUCUCGCCUACACGAACUGGAAAAAGGAACGUCGGAUCUCAACAAUAGAUUCUCAUGGAGGACGCUCGAUCCUGGUCACUUCUGACGACCCUCACUAUUUCUGGCGUAAGGUAGAAGAUGUUCUCGCAGUGGUUGAUGAAGAACUCGGAUUUGCUGAAAGCAAAGGAAUAGCAAAGGACCGUAAUACCAAAGCUGUGCUUUAUGUAACUAAUAGCAAAGUUGUUGGUUUGUUGAUCGCCGAACCUAUUGACGAGGCAUACAAGGUUAUUCCUGAUGCCGAUGGUGCUGGUAAGGAGUCGCUCGUUUGCUGCUCUCAUGAACCUCAACCUGUGCGCUUUGGCAUUAGUCGGUUAUGGGUCAAGAGUGAUAUCCGACGAUCAGGUUUGGCAUCAAAAUUGGUUGAUGCGUUCCGAGCAAAUAUGAUACCGCAUCAUUAUCUGAAAACAGAUGAGUUUGCUUUCUCAGAUCCUACUCUGAAUGGCUUGGCAUUUGCUCGAAAGUAUAUGAAAAAAGAUGAUUUCCUUGUGUACCGUCAUGGAGUGUGAUUCAUUGGCAUGCUUCACUGUACAUAAAUUCUCAUAUUUUCGACUAAAAAAUGUUUCUGUAGUUAUAGUUCCUAUCUUACAAGUGGAUAUACUUAAAGGAAAACUUCCUUUUCGAAUUACAUGGAUUGUCACAAUAAUCGAAACUUUUUAGUUAUUAACUAAUGUUUGUGUUACGAGUUCACUCGACCAAGCGAUACCAACGACUUGAGAUGCCAUUUAUUAGCAUUGGUAUUCAUUUGUUUACUUCUUUGACGUUCUGUUGGUUACUAUAACUCCCGUCUUGCUUAUAGGAAAACAAGUUUGUUUCCACGAAUCCUGCAGUCAUUUUCGUCUUCAUGCACGCAACUGGGGUGCAUUAUAAAAAAGUUUUUAAAACUUCUCCGAAAUUUGAAUAAAUCUUUCUUCAUGCAGUUCUGAAAAUAGUCAACGCGUGCCGUAAAGGCAUUCCUUAGUCUUGCACCAAUUUAUUUUGAUUUUUGGACUGACGAAAUGUAUUUCUUGGGUUUCACAUCGUUGUUGACGUAAAUAAAAUUCUUUUGUUUUUCUUACUGGAUAAUGGAGCUAAAUUCAAAAGAAAAAUGUAAUCUUUUUACUACGUAAUUGUUUUAAGCAUUUGUUUAUUGUGACCUAGUGUUAGGAAUAAUUAAGUUCAAGUAUAAAAAGAUUUUAUUUGACCGAAGUCGGUCACAGCAACGGUGCCCAUUUUCUAAGCUCGUGCUAAGUAAUGAACGCUGAUAAAACUUCAUGGAAGGUUUUAAAUGCAACACAAAAGAAGCAUGUAAAUACCAUCUUAUUCGAGUUGUCCUUAUUUGAAAUGGCUGAGAGAAUGAAUCGAAUGGUAACAAAUUGAAAUAUCCAGUUCAAUUGUGGGCAUGAAUAAAAGCAACGAAUAUUCGUC